UUGUAACCAUUAUUUGUAGGCUCGUGACAUAAGUGACAAAUCAUAGGGGAGCAGUGGCAAACGUCGAAAACAACGGAGAUCUUCAUUCAUAUAAAUGUCAUUAAAGCUUCAAUAUCGAAGAGGCGAAGAAGAGCACGGAAGUGGACCGAUUAUUCAUCGAUGGAGACCAAAUGGGCAUACUGUAGCUGUUGCAUGCGCCAAUAACACGGUCAUCUAUUACGAUAAGAAAGGAAAUGUUAUUGACGCGUUGAAUCCAACUGGAAAACUUAUCGACAUAGCUUGGGAUAAGGAAGGUGAUGUACUAGCGAUUGCCGUAGCAAAUACCGGGACUAUUUAUCUAUGGGAUGUGAACUCGCGGAAUACAGAUACUGUUGAGAGUGGAGCGACCUCUUCAAAAGAGCUCCCAACAUGUCUUGCAUGGUCCCCAAGUACUCCUACACUGGUAAUCGGCAACAACGCAGGAAAUAUCGUCGUCUACAAUCAUCGAACGUCUCGGCGGAUAGCCGUGAUGGGAAAACAUCAACGAAGUGUCACACAGAUUACAGUAACCCCGGAGGAUUAUGUAAUUUCUUGUAGUGACGAUAAUACACUUUCAGUAACCACACUGGAGGGCACCACAGUGAGCACAACGACGACAAACGGAGAGCCCACAAAUAUGGAUUAUGGUUCCGUGAAUGGAAAAGGUGGAAGCGGUGUCACGAUGGUCAGCGUGGUUAUAGGGAAGAAGAUUCUGAUGCUCGCGCAUUACAAUGCUCUCGACGAACCCGUGAAUCUUCAGUUUCAGGAGAAAUAUGGAAAUAUUCACUCCUAUAGGUGGUUUAACGACGGUUAUAUACUCAUCGGCUUUGACCGUGGCUAUAUAAUAUCGAUUUCGGCACAUAACAACGAAAUCGGCUCGGAGCUAGUCAGUUUCCUCGAAUAUCGUGGAUAUCUGGCUUCUAUUGCUGUUAGCACCUCGUUUAACAAGCUUCUCACCAUCGGAGACAACAUGGUCAAAGUUCGGGAUCUCGACGAGCUUACGACUGUUACUAUGCUGACAGAAAUUGAAACUGAGAAAAAUCUGAGCGAGAUCGAGGUGACCGAAGACGGUCAACUAGUCGCAGUGUCGUCCCAAAGCGGAGUUCUCUCGAUAUUCGUGACAAAAAUGCCAACGCUUGCCGCUUCCUACAACAACUCUAUCUGCUACCUGACGAACUUGACACAAGUGACUGUGGUGGCGGAAGUCGAGAAAAAGGGCUCAUCGACUUUGGAGCUCAAUAUUGAACCAACUGUUAUGGGAUUGGGGCCGUUGAAUUUGGCGGUCGCCAAUAAUAAUACCGUGUUUUUCUAUGAUUAUCAUACACCUGCGCAGAUGCAAGCUGCCCAACAGCUGCAGUCCACUCAAUCGGCUGCAGAGAAACCGACCAUAGUUGCCGCGGAGCCCAUCAAUCGCGUCGAGUACCUCUCCACGGUCACAAACAUCCAGCUAAACUACAUGUACGCUGCUGUCAACUUUGGGAGCAGGCUCCGCCUGCAUCGAAUCCGAAAUUCCGAGGAUAACGUAUCAAUUGAGUUUCCCGAAGCGAACCGCAACGCGACGCUCUACUCUUACGCUUUGACCGAAAAUUUUCUGAUUUUUACGACGAGCAACAACUACAUUGUGUACUUUUCACUAUCAGAAUGGGCUAUAGUCAGUGAAUAUCGUCACGUGGUUCCAGUUCGCUCCAUAUUCCCGCAUCCGACAAAUGUCGUGUGCUGCUGCUUCGACGACAGACUAGAAGCUAUGAUUUAUUCCGCAGUUGACGAUGAAGUCUUCAGGCUCCCUUCAGUGGGAUCCAGUGCUCAUUACAAAGGAGCAAUAUGGGAGACAUUUACAAUCGACAAAAACACCUUUGCCGUAUUUGACUCUCAGAAUAUUUACGUGUUUCUUCUGAGCAAACAGCAUAUUCAAGGAGAAUCUGUGAUCUACGUUAGCGCGACACGCCUACCUCACGCCUAUGUUCCCUUGUCACUGAAUAAGGGAAUAGUAACAUGUCUCAUGUCAAAUGGAAAACUCUCUUCGGUACUUUUGGACUCUCAUAAGACGGAAUCGGUUAUUUCAGACAAAUCGGAGACUGUGAUCGAUGAUAUACUCACAAGAUCUUUAUUGAUGCACAGAUGGUCCACAGCGUGGAAAAUAUGCAUUCACUCAAAUGACGGAUCUCAUUGGAAUCAGUUUGCAAUGGCUGCACUUUUGGAUUCCGAUGUUGGAAUGGCGAUCAAAAUAUUCCGGGAAAUUGGAGACGCAGCAAUGGUCACCGCGUUGGAGCUCAUCGAAACGAUCGAAGAGAAAAACUUGCUCCACGCCCAAAUUUACACAAUUUUGAGCCGAUACGACGACGCGGAGCAGUUGUAUUUAGAGUCCUCACGGCCAAUGGAAGCUCUGAAUAUGCGCCGUGAUCUUCUGGAAUGGCCAAAAGCCUUGGUGUUGGCGGAAACUAUGAAUCCCAAGGAAAUUCCGUAUUUGUCAAAGGAAUACGCACAGGAGUUGGAGUUAACUGGGGACCACGCGAACUCGCUCGCCAACUACGAAAAAGGGGUUAUGGAGAAUCCGCAGAAUUUACCAGAACUUCAAGAACACAACGAAAUUUGUCAGUCUGGAAUUGCGAGAAUGGCUAUAAAAACAGGAGAUUUGAGACGUGGAGUUCAGCUGGCAAAACAGUUGGAAGGACGAGUUGUCAAGAGGGAUUGUGCGAUUAUUCUGGAACAAAUGAAGCAAUACACAGAAGCUGCUCAGCUCUACGAAGUUGGUUUAUUCUACGAUCGUGCGGCAGCGGUUUGUCUAAAAGCAAACGCGUGGGCAAAAGUCGGCGAGCUCCUAGAUCACGUGAAGAGCCCUAAAAUUCAUAUUCAGUACGGGAAGAUUAUGGAGAAGGAGAAGAAGUAUAAGGUUGCAGUUAAGUGCUACGAAACAGGACGUGACUACGACAACCAAGUGCGUCUCUUGCUCGACCCGCUAAACGACCCCGACGAGGCUGUCCGUGUGGUCCGGGAGAGUCGGAGCAUCGAAGGAGCCAAGCUGGUUGCCAAGUUCUUCGUGAAACUCGGCGACUAUAAUUCAGCCAUCCAGUUUUUGGUAAUGUCUCAAUGUGUGCAGGAAGCUUUUGAACUUGCCGAAAAGAACAAUGCUGUGCGAGAAUAUGCCAAAGCUAUUGAGCAACACGGGAAUAUAAGUCAAGCUUUGGAACUCGCCGAAUAUUACAACAGAGUCAAUGAUAUGUUCAUGGCAGCGAAAUUCUACACACAAGCCGGCCAAUACAAUAAUGCAAUAAAUCUUCUGUUCAAAAAUGGAGAUGAUGAAAACUGUGUGGCUCUUGCAGUCGACUGUGGGAUUAAAUCAAAGGAUAAGACACUGAAUAAUAAGCUUGUGAAGUUUCUACUCGGGGAAGAUGGAAACGUGAAAGAUCCCGCCCAACUGUUCAGGCUUUACGUUGGGCUUGGAAGGACAAAAGACGCUGCUCAAACUGCUGUAGUUGUUGCACAAAUACAUCAGGCUAAGGGAAACUAUCGAAUCGCCAGAGAUCUCUUGUUCCAGAUGCAUCAGCAGUUGCGGGAGAAGAUGAUGAGAAUUCCGUUGGAUAUGAACAAAAGUUUGAUGGCGAUACACUCUUAUAUUAUAGUGAAAGCGUUGAUCAAUCGGAAGGAGACUUUGUUGGCUGCCAGGCUGCUUAUUAGAACUUGUGGAGAGAUACAGAGGUUCCCGACGCAUGUUGUCCCAAUCCUAACCUCAUCAGUUGUUAUUUGCACACAAGCAAAUCUCAAAAAAUCAGCUCACAAAUUUGCGGCUCAACUGAUGACUCCCGAGUAUCGUCCAAAAAUUCACGAAAAAUACAAAAAAAAGAUUGAAGAUAUAGUGAGAAAAGGUGGAAAUCAAAAAGAUUUGGUUGAGGAGAACACCCCAUGUCCAAUAUGUGAUGACUUAAUGCCUGCUUACGCGAUGAGCUGUGAUAAUUGCAAGAGUCUCGUGCCGUACUGUAUUCUUACGGGCCGUCACAUAGUCGCCAGCGACUUCUCCCGAUGCCCCCAUUGUGAAAUGCCAGGAUUUUAUUCGGAGUUCAGAAAAUUAUCGAUUUUAAAUGAGAACUGCUAUAUGUGUGGCGGCGAUUUGAAGGGGGCAAUUCCAGAGGACGCAAAAGCCUACUUGGAAAAAAUGGAACAGGACUAUAAAUGAGAAGGUUAACGUAUUUUGUGAAUAAAAAUUCAGUUCGG